AUGCAACGAAGUAAACCAACACGAAAGAAAGAACAGCCAGGCCCAUCUGAUGUUAAAUUACCUAAGAUACCAAAAAUUAAAAUGCCAGAGGAUUUUAAAAUCCGGACCCAACCAUUAUUUUCUCUUCCAGAGGAGAUUUUAAAACUUCCUCCUCCCAUUAAGAAAACUUCCAAAUCACAAGCUAGUCGAUCAGUUCCAAGAAGAAAAUCUAGUGUGAUGCAAAGUUUCACGGCAAUGAGAAAAGCACGAGAAGAUUUUAGAGCCAAAUUGAUGAAUCUUAUUUGUAAAUCUGCUCCUGGUGAGGACGGUGACAUGAUUCCUUCGGGAGAGGAAAAAAACAUGUUAAGAUAUUACUAUUAUUUGCGUUAUGGCAUCGAUACAAUACAUGUGGCACCGUUGGAUAAUAAAAUGAUCUUGCGAGUUCACAAUUUAAUAUCACCAAAACUGAAGAAGUGGCGCGAUUGCUUGCUCACGAGCACGGAUGAAAUGCGUGAGGACUUUAUGAUGAGCAUGAAGAAAGCUAUCGUGGAUUUUGUUCUUAAGGAUCCUAAUACGGAAGAAUCUUUGGAAGAAGAAGAUACGCCAUUGAAACGUGAACUGGCUAUGAAAGACGACGCGUGGAGAAAUCGUUAUGCCGUCGCUAAGAAAUAUCUGAACAAAAAUCUUCACAUUGUCAACCCUUGUAUAGCACAAGUGUUACAGAUCUGGUGCAAACAGUACAACGACCUGCGCCUAAUCAGCAUGAAGGACAUAAUGAUGACGCACGAGGCGUACGAGCUGCAGGACUUCUGCUUCGUGUGCAAGCGCCACAUCGAGGCCGCCGGCAACGUGCUCACGCUGCAGUGGCUGCCCACCAUACAAGCUGUGUUUCUGCAGGGUAAUAAAAAGAAGCAAAUACCGGACCCAAAGCAAGUGUCCCGUAUGAAGCGCUUCUACAACUGCCUGGCUUGCAUCAUGACGUACAACCUGCAGACGCUGUGCUUGAAGUCCAUGCAGGAUUUCACCGAGUAUAUAUUGGAUGUUGGGGAUAUGAAUCAAGGCUUCGUGAUUAACCUGGCAUUUAAAGACGACGCCAUCGGCUUCGAGCCGACGUUUAAACAAUUCCGGGACCAGCUCUGUCUUCUGUAUGAUUUCAUCAUAGACGCAUGCAGACAAUCUCCGCGUUUGGAGACUUUGCUGUAUCAAGAUUAUGUUAUCACAAGUAGAGUUACACUCAGGCCAAUAAUUGAUAAUGACCUAGUUGAAGAUUACAAAAAGAAAGUGGCGGACAUGAUAAAUGACCAAAGAAUUGGCCCGGAGCUGAGAGUGCAGGACUUUGAUAAUUAUGUGUGCCUUUUAAAUGGUGACUCGCAAUCACAAGUCGAAAAUUUCAUAAAUUCGGUACCGGAAAAAACGUUUGAGGAGUUUUGCGAAGAAGCUGUUAAAUAUGUAAAUGUCGCCAAAGAGAUACCUUCUAAAUUGGAGGGGACCAUUAUUAUCGGUAUGUUUCGUAUGCAAAGGGGCGAUCUGAUAAACUCCUUACGAGGCGCCGCCACGCGCCUCGCCAACACUCUAUUGAGGAGAAUGACUGAGGACUACCAGAACAUGAUAAAAGCCAUAUACGAAGAAUAUUCAACAAUAGCCAACACACUGCUGACCCCGCCACAAGACACGGCCGCGUUAAUGAAACUACUGGACUACUGCAAGAAGGUAGAGACAGUGUUGCUGGACGAGAUGGAGGAAAAGCUGCGGAAUGUUAUGAAAUACAUCAUCUACUUGAGUGACCAUACAGUGUUCACGCCGCUCGAGAUGAAGGCUAACAAUCAGUCUUUUCAUUGGUACGCGCGCAUGCCCGGCGUCAUUGAAGAAUGCAAAGUGAUUUGUGACCAAAAGAAAGUUGAAUAUCAAGAACUAUUACAAGUGCGAAUCGCCAAAUUCAUCGAAGAUCUUGAUAUUUAUGAAACUCAAUGUAAUGAGCUUCAGUAUUGGGGUGAUAUCAACGAACUUUCUAAGUAUGUGACGAGAGCGCGCCGCCUCGACGAAAAACUCGCUAACGCUUUACUGAAAAUUGAUCAAUUCAACGAAGAGGAAACCGCCUUCGGGUGGGAAUUAUCGCAGUACCCCAAGAGGAAAGCCGUCUACGAUAGGCUUGUUCCAUUCAAAAAGUUAUAUGACGCUGGAUAUGAUUUUCUCGAUAAGUAUAACACUUGGAUGACGUCAAAGGUUGGUAGUUUCGAUCCUGAGGACAUAGAAGGUGACGUCAGUUACUACUAUAAGAUUGUAUACAAACUAGAGAAGUCGUUCCAAGACGUGCCCGAUACAUUCCAACUUGCUCAGUCUGUUAGGUCAAAAAUGGAAGAUUUUAAAACGCACAUGCCUAUAAUACAAACGUUGGGUAACCCCGGUAUGAAACCAAGGCACUGGGAGAAAGUUUCCGAAAUUGUCGGGUUUCCGAUCGUUGUAGAUGACGAAUUGUCCUUAGAAAAAGUCAUAGAUUUCAACUUGGUUGAUUAUAUUGAAAAGUUCGAAAAUAUAUCAGAAGCAGCCACUAAGGAAAAUAAUCUUGAAAAGGCUUUGGACAAGAUGAUCAAAGAAUGGGCCGAAUUGCGAUUCGAGAUUUUGCCUUACAAGGAUACCGGAACGUAUAUUCUAUCAAGUGUCGAUGAAAUUCAGCUAUUGUUGGAUGAUCACAUUGUCAAAACACAGACGAUGAAAAAUUCGCCGUACAUUAAGCCGUUUGAGGAAAUUAUACUAGAUUGGGAGAGCAAGCUAAUUUUGCUGCAAGAGAUAUUGGAUGAGUGGCUGAAAGUGCAAGCGACGUGGAUGUACUUGGAGCCUAUAUUUUCAUCUCCUGACAUUCAGCAACAAAUACCAGAAGAAGGGAGAAGGUUUAGUGCUGUUGAUAAGAUGUGGCGGGAGAUAAUGAAAGCGGCGUACUCGGAGCCGCGUGUGCUCGACGUCAUCACCAUCGAGAAGAUGCUGGACCGCCUGCGCAAGUCCAACAACCUGCUGGAGAUGGUGCAACGCGGCCUCAACGCAUAUCUGGAGAAGAAGCGGCUAUACUUCCCGCGCUUCUUUUUCCUGUCUAACGACGAGCUGCUCGAGAUAUUGUCGGAGACUAAAGAUCCUAUGAGGGUACAACCUCAUCUGAAGAAAUGCUUUGAAGGUAUCGCUAAACUUAACUUCACCGAGGACUUGGUGGUCACUCACAUGCGCUCCUCAGAGGGAGAGGUCGUGGAGCUCACGAUCACAAUAAAUACGGCGGCUGCUCGAGGACAAGUGGAGAAAUGGCUGUUAGAGCUGGAGAAGGCAAUGAAGGCGUCGGUGCACCGCGUGGUGGCGCUCUCGUACGACGACUACCUGCGGCGCGCGCGCGAGCGCUGGGUGCUGGUGUGGCCGGGACAGGCGGUACAAUGUAUAGCGAUGACGUUCUGGACGUCGGAAGUGACGGAGGCGAUCCACAACAGCAUAGCGGCGAUGCGGGCGUACUGGGACAAGUGCAACUACCAGAUAUCUAAAAUUGUCGAUUUGGUGCGCGGGGAACUUAGUUUGCAGAAUCGGAUUACCCUUGGUGCGCUAGUAGUAUUAGACGUGCACGCGAGGGAUGUGCUCAUGGAGCUUAUAGACUUCAACGUGCAACUCGACAAUGACUUUAACUGGCUCUCGCAGAUUAGGUAUUAUUGGGAGCUGCAGGAGGAAGACAACAGCAUGCAGAUCGCGACCCGCAUGAUCAACUCGCAGCUGAUGUACGGCUACGAGUACCUCGGCAACACCGGCCGCCUCGUCGUCACGCCGCUCACCGACCGCUGCUUCCGCACGCUCUUUGGCGCUUUGCAUCUCAACUUGGGUGGAGCGCCCGAAGGUCCGGCGGGUACCGGCAAGACGGAGACCACGAAGGACUUGGCGAAGGCUGUCGCUAAACAAUGCGUCGUCUUUAAUUGUUCCGAUGGACUUGAUUAUCUUGCUCUAGGAAAGUUCUUCAAGGGUCUAGCAUCUUGCGGUGCUUGGUCUUGCUUUGAUGAGUUCAAUCGAAUUGAUCUAGAAGUGUUGUCUGUGGUAGCGCAGCAGAUAUUGUCGAUACAGAGAGGAAUAAACUCCGGCGCAACGGAGUUAUUGUUUGAGGGAACACUCUUACACUUGGACAAAACUUGCGCUGUCUUCAUUACCAUGAACCCCGGUUACGCGGGACGAUCAGAACUGCCGGAUAAUUUAAAGGCACUAUUCCGAUCAGUGGCAAUGAUGGUGCCGGACUACGUGCUCAUAUCAGAGAUUGAAUUGUACGCGUUUGGAUACUUGAACGCCAAACCUCUCGCCGUUAAGAUCGUCGCCACCUACAAGCUUUGUUCCGAACAACUAUCCUCGCAGAGUCAUUAUGAUUACGGCAUGCGCGCGGUGAAGUCCGUGCUGCGCGCGGCGGGCGCGCUCAAGCUGCGCUACCCGGACGAGGUGGAGGACGUCAUCCUGCUGCGCUCCAUCAAGGACGUCAACCUGCCCAAGUUCCUCGAGCACGACGUGCCGCUCUUUAUGGGUAUAAUCGGGGACCUGUUUCCCGGGCUGCCGCUGCCGCAGCCAGGGCUGCCGCACCUCGUGGCGUGCCUCAAGGAGGUGUGCGCGCCGCUCAACCUGCAGGCUAACGACUUCUUUAUUGAGAAGGUCCUGCAGUUAUAUGAAAUGAUUCUAGUAAGACAUGGUUUGAUGUUGGUGGGAUUACCAUUUUCCGGGAAAACUAAAUGCUAUCAUGCUCUUGGUCACGCCUUGGGAAUGGUGUCAGAAAAGGGUUUAAUAGAUGAACACCCAGUGGAGUGGACGGUGAUCAACCCCAAGUCCAUCACGAUGGGCCAGUUGUACGGGCAGUUCGACCCGGUGUCGCACGAGUGGUCCGACGGCAUCCUCGCCGUCAGCUACAGGGCUUUUGCUGUUUCCACUAAUGAAAAUAGGAAAUGGCUAGUAUUCGACGGUCCAGUAGAUGCCAUUUGGAUAGAAAAUUUGAACACAGUGUUAGACGAUAACAAGAAACUGUGUCUAAUGAGCGGUGAGAUCAUCCAGCUCGCGCCUACCACCAAUCUCAUCUUCGAGCCCAUGGACCUCGAAGCGGCGUCGCCGGCCACGGUGUCUCGUUGCGGCAUGAUCUACAUGGAGCCCAAGGGGCUGGGAUGGAAAUGUCUGAUGGAAUCGUGGCUCAACACUUUGCCAGGAACUCUUCACGGCUUCAACCGUAACUACAUUCGGACGCUCUUCAACCGGUUUAUGUCGCCGAUGCUUUGGCUUGUGGAGUUGUCUGGCAAAGUUAAGCAAAUGUACAUAACUUCACGUACCAAUCUGGUGAAGGCUUGCAUGAAUCUUUUUGACACUUUCAUGGAUGAUUUUAAUGAUGAAAAGUAUGUUGAGCAAUUAUCAGAUCUUGAUAUCAGAGCGCAACUUGAGGGUGUAUUUUUCUUUUCGUCUAUUUGGUCUAUUGGAUCUACUCUAGAGAGCGAUGGCCGCCCUAAGUUCGACAUGUUGUUCCGAGGUUUGUUAGAAAAGGAAUUUCCUGAGAAGGUGUUAGAAAUUUUAGGCUACCCGAAAGAAAUUGCGAAACCAGAAAAACAAUAUAUAUUUACAAUACCUAAAGAUGGAAGCGUCUAUGAUUAUCGCUUUAUUAAAGAGGGCAAAGGGAAAUGGAAGCCAUGGCACGACGACGUGGUCUCAGCACCUCCCAUAAGCCGGGAUACUCCUCCCAAUCAGAUAUUAGUGACGACACUGGACAGCGUGCGCUACCUCGCACUGUUCAAGCUCCUCGUGACACACCACAAGGCUGUGAUGAUGGUCGGACCCACUGGUACUGGCAAAUCUUCUUAUAUCAUUGAUUACUUAGUGAAAAGAGUGGACACAAAAGUGUACAAAGCGCUAAUAAUGGCAUUCUCAGCACAAACAAAUUGUAAUCAAACACAAGAUAUAAUUAUGGGAAAAUUGGACAAAAGGAGAAAAGGCGUGUUUGGACCGCCGAUAGGCUGCCACUGCGUGGUGUUCGUGGACGACGUGAGCAUGCCGCAGGCGGAGACGUACGGCGCGCAGCCGCCCGUCGAGGUGCUGCGCCAGGGCAUCGACCUCGGCCUCUGGUACGACCGCAAGACCAACGUCGCCAUGCACCUCGUCGACGUGCAGUUCAUGUGUGCGAUGGGCAAGCCCACGCCCGGCGCUAAGCUCGUCACGCCGCGCUUCUCGCGACACUUCUCCUUCUUUUGCAUCGAUGAAUUCGAUGAUGACACUCUCAAAGUUAUUUUCGGCAGAAUUAUGCUCUGGCAUUUAGAUACCAGGGGAUUUUCAAAGGAGUUCGAUCCUUGUAUAGAAGAAAUAGUAGCGGCAACGUUAGAAGUUUAUAAACAGUGCAGACUGAACUUGUUGCCCACACCUUCGAAGUCACAUUACACUUUCAACUUGCGGGAUUUCUCCAAAGUUAUAUUGGGGGUCCUGUUGUCAGUGCCAGAAGUGACACCGGACUUGCAGUCGAUCAAAAGGCUGUGGGUGCACGAGUGCCUGCGCGUGUUCUCCGACCGCCUCACCGCGGACGCGGACCGGCGCUGGCUCGUGCGCUGCCUGCGCGACGCGACACGCCUGCAUCUCAACGACGAGUUCGAUAAGCUGCUGGGCCGCCUGCUAGAAGGCUCUGAUGAUACGAUAACGGAUUUACAUUUACGAAAUUUGAUAUAUUGUGACUUUGCAAAUCCCAAAGUCGAUACACGCUUCUACAUGGAGACGACUAACAUGGAGCAUUUGAAUUCAACAGUGGAAGCUUAUCUCGUGGAGUAUAACAAUAUGUCCAAGAAACCAAUGAAUCUUGUGCUGUUUAGGUUCGCGAUCGAGCACGUGUCGCGCGUGUGCCGCGUGCUGACGCAGCCGCGCUCGCACGCGCUGCUGGUGGGGCUGGGCGGCUCGGGCCGCCAGUCGCUCACGCGCCUCGCCGCGCACAUCAACGAGUAUGAUCUCUUCCAGGUUGAAAUGAGUCGAACGUAUGGCAAAACAGAAUGGCGUGAAGAUUUAAAAACCCUACUAAGAAAGUCAAGCACUCCGGACUUGCACAUGGUGUUCUUGUUUAUAGAAUCACAAAUAAAAGAAGAAGGCUUUUUAGAAGACGUAAAUAAUAUGCUAAAUUCGGGCGAAGUUCCGAACAUAUUUGUUGCGGACGAAAAAGCAGAACUUUGUGAAAAAAUGCGUGUGAUCGACCGGCAGCGCGACAAGUCGCUGCAGACGGACGGCAGCCCUACGGCGCUGUACGCGUACUUCGUGUCGAUCGUGCGCGACCAGCUGCACAUCGUGCUGGCGAUGUCGCCGGCCGGCACCUCGCUGCGCACGCGCAUACGCAAGUUCCCCUCGCUCGUCAACUGCUGCACCAUCGACUGGUUCCAGGAAUGGCCACCUGAUGCUCUACUCGCAGUGGCAACUCGUUUCCUAAAAGAAGUAGAACUGACUGAGCUCGAAAGGGACACAGCAAUAAAACUAUGUCAAAUGUUCCACACCGACACUCAAGAGCUGACCAGACAGUUUCUGUUGAGGUUGAAACGAUACAACUAUGUCACACCUACCGCGUAUUUGGAACUUAUUAAUAUGUUUAAAUCACUGUUAGGAAAGAAACGAACAGAGUUGUUAACAAGUGAAAAGAGGUACAUCACCGGUCUGGAGCAGCUCGCCAUCGCAUCGAAGUCGGUGGCGGCGCUGCAGCAGGCGCUGGAGGUGCUGCAGCCGAAGCUGGCGGCCGGCGCCGCCGCCGUCGCGGAGACCACGGCCGAGGUGGAGAAGGAGAAGGAGGGGGUGGCUCUGGUGGAGGCGGAGGUGCUGGUCGAUCAGGCUGCCGCGGAGGAACAGGCGAAAGAAGCGCAAGGAAUCAAGGACGAGUGCGACGCGGACCUGGCGGAGGCGAUGCCCAUCCUCAACGCGGCGCUGGCGGCGCUGGACACGCUCACGCCGCAGGACAUCACCUUCAUCAAGACCAUGAAGAGCCCGCCCAGGGGCAUCAAGCUCGUUAUGGAGGCUAUUUGUAUACUCAAGGAUGAUCCGGAAGUGAAACCAGACAAAGUACCUAAUCCAUCUGGAGUGGGAACGAUAGAGGACUACUGGGGCCCGUCCAAGAAAUUGUUGAACGACAUCAAGUUCCUCGAGUCGCUGCAGAACUACGACAAAGAUAACAUCCCACCGCCGGUGAUGAAGAAACUCAUGGCCACAGUGAUGCAGGACGAGGGCUUCGUCCCGGAGAAGAUCAGGGCUGUAUCCGUGGCUGCUGAAGUUAAGUUUAAAUUUUGUGUUUGCGUA